CGAAUUACGUUUUAAAGAGUGGACAAGAAGGUGCAUUAUAAACAGCAUAGCAUUAAUAAAAGGUUUAAUCAUCAUGAUCAUAGAAAUAUAGCAGGCAUUACUACAAUCUCUGUUAUUCUAAUCAGACUAGACAAUUUAGAGAUGUUAUACGGAAAAUAAAGAGAUUUUAACAGUUAUCUCCCCUGACCAACCUACAGACAUUUCAGAGAUUUCUUACUGCGGACAGGACAAGACAGAUCCUGAACAACUUACAGACAAUUUAGAGAUGUUACACGGCGGACAGGACAAGACAGAAACACAUAUGGUUUCUGUUACUGAAAUCUCCCCUGAACAACCUUCAGACAAUCAAGAGAUGUUCCAGGGCGGACAGGACAAGACAGAAACAAAUAUGGUUUCUGAUACUGAAAAGAAAGAUAAACUAACAUUCAUUCCUCUUGAUCAGACCAGUUCAGACCAACUGAUGGACGAGGCAUAUCAGACUAAAGAGAAGGUUGAUGUUGGUAAUGGAUGUGAUAAAGAGUACCAGGGUAAUGAUUGUGGUAAAGAAUGUCAUGGUCAUGUUUCUGGUAAAGAAUGUCAUAGUAAUGUUUGUGGUAAUGAGUGCAAAACAAGAAUAUGUGGUAAACAGUGCCAAGGAAAGGCGUGUAAGUCAUGUAAUAAAGAAUGUCGUCAGACUCGGGUCUUAAAGACUCGUAUUAUAAAACAAAAAGGCUACAAACCUUACAAAUGUGGAGUGUGUAAAGUAGAUUUCGGUAGGAAGGAACACCUAGAAAUGCACAUGAGGACACAUACUGGUGUUAAUCCAUAUCAAUGUGAUAUAUGUGAUAAUAAGUAUAGCCGGCAUCAUCACUUACGGAGACAUAUGAAUACACAUACUGGUGCUGAACCAUUCACAUGUGAUAUAAGUAAUAAGGCAUUUAGCCAGUCUCAUCACAUGUUACACAAUGGUCAUGGUGGACAGGAGAGGACAGGAACAGAUGGAUUUUCAGAUACGGAAAAUAAAGAGAUUUUAACAGUUAUCUCCCCUGACCAACCUACAGACAUUUUAGAGAUGUUACACGACGGACAGGACAAGACAGAAACACAUAUGGUUUCUGUUACUGAAAUCUCCCCUGAACAACCUUCAGACAAUCUAGAGAUGUUCCAGGGUGGACAGGACAAGACAGAAACAAAUAUGGUUUCUGAUACUGAAAAGAAAGAUAAAAUAACAUUCAUUCCUCUUGAUCAGACCAGUUCAGACCAACUGAUGGACGAGGCAUAUCAGACUAAAGAGAAGGUUGAUGUUGGUAGUGAAUGUGAUAAAGAGUACCAGGGUAAUGAUUGUGGUAAAGAAUGUCAUGGUAAUGUUUGUGGUAAAGAAUGUCAUGGUAAUGUUUGUGGUAAUGAGUGCAAAACUAGAACAUGUGGUAAACAGUGCCAAGGAAAGGCGUGUAAGUCAUGUAAUAAAGAAUGUCGUCAGACUCGGGUCUUAAAGACUCGUAUUAUAAAACAGAAAGGCUACAAACCUUACAAAUGUGGAGUGUGUAACGUAGAUUUCGGUAGGAAGGAACACCUAGAUAUGCACAUGAGGACACAUACUGGUGCUAAACCAUAUCAAUGUGAUAUAUGUGAUAAUAAGUAUAGUCGGCAUCAUCACUUACGGAGACAUAUGAAUACACAUACUGGUGCUGAACCAUUCACAUGUGAUAUAUGUGAUAAGACAUUUAGUCAGUCCCAUCACAUGCGGAGACACAGGAGAGCACAUACGGGUGAAAAACCGAGUAAAGUUUGUAAAUGUGAUGUAUGUGAAAAGGAAUUUAGUCAAAGUUCAGAGUUAAACAGACACAUGAGAACACAUUCUGGUGAUAAACCUUAUCAAUGUGGGGUGUGUGAUCAGGCUUUCAGUAGGAAGGAAUACUUACCAACUCACAUGAGAAUACAUACUGGCGAUAAACCGUUUGCAUGUGAUAUUUGUGGUAGAGGUUUUACUUGUAAAAAAGACGUGCAAAGACACAAACAAAGGCAUUUUAGACAUGAUGAACGUGGUGGAAGACCCUAUAAAUGUGAUAUGUGUGAUAAAGAUUUUAUUCGGAUAUCAAACUUAAAAGUGCACAUGAGAACACAUUCUGGUGAGAGACCAUAUUUGUGCGAGAUAUGUGGUCUAACAUUUAGCCUUUCAAUUUCUUAUACUACACAUGUGACAAAACAUAAUGCAGAAAAGGCCAAAUUACUUAAAUCAAAGUAAGCGAAAUAAGGAAUUCCUAUAGCUGACACUCCACCUAUUUUUAUGCCUCCGCCGUAGCGGAGGGGGCAAUAAGUUUUACCCUUGUCCGUCUGUACGUACGUACGUCCGUACGUCCCAAAAUUGGUUUCCGUUCUCUAACUUGAGUUUACCUCAACCAAAUGUUAUGAAACAUAUUCACAAUGCUAAUUACAACAAAACACAGAUCAAGCUUGAAUUUUGGUGGCUUCACUCUAACCGUUCUAGAGUUAUGCCCCUUUAUAAAUGGAAAAACUGCAAAAUUUUUAGUUUCCGUUCUCUAACUUAAGUUUGCCUCAACCAAAUGUUAUGAAACUUAUACACAAUGCUAAUCACCACCAAAUACAGAUCAAGUUUGAAUUUUGGUAGCGUCACUUUAACCGUUCGAGAGUUAUGCUCCUUUAUAUAAAUGGAAAAAUUACAAAAAUUUUAUUUUCCGUUCUCUUACUUAAGUUUGCUUCAACCAAAUGUUAUGAAACUUAUACACAAUGCUUAUUACCACCAAAUACAGAUCAAGUUUGAAUUUUGGUAGCGUCACUUUAAGCGUUUUUGAGUAAUGGCCCUUCAUAAAUGGAAAAAUUGCAAAAUUUUUAGUUUCCGUUCUCUAACUUAAGUUUGACUCAACCAAAUUUUAUGAAACAUAUACACAAUGCUUAUUACCACAAAAUAAAGAUCAAGUUUGAACUUUGGUGGAGUCACUUUAACCAUUCUCGAGUUAUGCCCUUUAUAAAAGGAAAAAAUGCAAAUUUUUAGUAAAACACAGAUCAAGUUUGAAUUUUGGUGGCAUCACUUUUAUUGUUCUAGAGUUAUGCCCCUUUAUGAAUUGAAAAAUAGCAAAAUUUUUAUUUUCUUCUAAAUAUCAAUUUAUUUUUAAAAUUAGAGUUAUCUUCCUUUAUCCAUGAUUAUAGUUGAAUCAACUACAAUCAAUGCUUUAUACAAUGCAAUGUUUAAUUUUUUAAAGGAUGAAACUCUAAACAAAUUAACUAUUUGUAUUGCCUUACGUUUUUGAUAUACGUUUGAAAAAUAUUGCUAACAAAUAAGGGAAUACUCAUUUAGCUCUGAGCGUCAGUGGGACUAAUUUAAACAUAUUCAUAGUGAAUUUGGAAACAAGUUAUUACAACAUAUAUCAAUCCUUUUCCACUUUGCGGGUGCGAGUGCUGCCUUGUAGCGGCAUUAGCCUGCUCUUUUUCGAAAUCUACAAAGAUGUAUUUUACGUGCAAGAGAUAUGGCUCUCUUAACACACGGGUCAGCCAUUUAUCGUCCCCUUCCGACGGACUAUCAUCGUUAAUCAAGACCAUGCUCGCAAAUGGUGUCACGGAAGAGCCGAAAAUUUAGUCCCUGAAAUGUUCUCCCCGUAAUCGAACCAGAAACCUCUGUGUUAGAAGUCCGAUGCGCUAACCACUACACCACGGCUCUCACUGUUAGCAAUGCCAUAGUUAUGCGUUAUCACUAUUAUAAUAUAGGAGUUUUCUUAGUGGAAAUGAUUAUAAGCUAUAUAUGUAGGACUGUAAAGUAUAUGAAUAUAUUUAGAAAUAGACUGUUCAUUAUUAAACAUUUUGAAGAUAAUUACAGAUACGUUUUAUAGAUUUUUAAAAGACAUUGUGAUAAAUAACAUUUUGGAUGGGUUGUUUUCUUUGAUAAAUUGUUUGAAGAAUUUUGUGGUACUAGUCAUAUUAAUACAUGUACGUAUUUAUUUAACUAUUUUUAUUUAUGUUUUUAUAUUUUGUAUGCAUGUGUUUAUCUUCUCCGAAACCUUUGUAUUGCAUGGUCUAUAUGUUUUAUGAGAAAUAAACUAUCUAUCAUUA